AUGUUGUUGUUAUUGAUUCCGUCCACAUUAGCUCAAGUUACUGUCCAAUUAUUAGAUACAACACAUUCCGUCCAAGAAGGUGAACAAUUCACCAUAAGAAUUUCUAAAACUGGUGCCAUAACAGAAGAUUUAGUUGUUGUUGUUUCAAUUGAUGGUGAUGUAUCUCAGGAUUUUGUAGGAGAUACACAAGUUGGCACUUUCACACCGGAUACAGAUUUGGUAUCUGUUACUUUCACCGUUAGAGAUGAUGAUUUAGCCGAAAAUUUGGAGACAUUUUUUUUCCAUUUAACAGUCGUUGGUAAUAAAGCUCAAUCAUCACCAGUAAUUGUAAUAGAAAGUGUGAUAUCAACUGUAUUUGAUAUUAAAGUUGGUAGAGAUAAAGGAACAUUUGGUAGAAUAUCUCUUACAUAUGAGGUAAGCGGAACAUCUAAAUCAGCUGUUGCUGGACAAGACGUUGCACCAACAACCGGUCAGAUUACAUUCUCUGAAGGUGAAAGAGAAAAUGUUUUACAGCUCCAAGUUAGUGCAGACAAUAUACCCGAAAAUUCAGAAAGAUUUAUUGUACGUUUAACAAGUGCUACGGAUGGUGCAUCUAUUAGUAGAGGAGAAAUAGAAGUUAUUGUGAUGGCUAACGAUGCUCCUAUACAGUUUGAACAGGCUAAUUAUAGAUAUGAUGAAGGACCAGGUUCAAAGGUGACUAGUGUAAAUAUUUUUCGAGGAUUAGAUAAAGAUGGAGUAACACCAUUAGGACCUAUUGACACUGAAGUUUCUGCGGAUAUUAUUUUAGUUACAGGAACUGCCAUCUUUGGUAGAGAUUUCAGUGGUACAAGUUCAAAGCUAACAUUUGCACCAGGAACGAUAAAAACAAAUUUCACAUUUGAAAUAUUGGAUGACUUAGAUCCAGAGGUUGAAGAGACCUUCAAAAUUCAGAUCAGCAAUCUCUAUGGGGAUGCUGUCUGGGGAGAACCCAUUGAAACUUUAAUAAGUAUUGGGGCUAAUGAUAAUCCAAAUGGGGUUAUUAGUUUUGAAUCAAUAAAUGGUUCUGCUAAUUCAGUGGUGCGUGUAAAUGAAGAUACUUUCACUGUUGCAACAUUUUCUAUUGCACGAAACGGAGGUACUUUUGGUGCUGUAUCUGUUCAGUGGGAAAUAGUGCGGCAUGACGGAUCUAAUGAGCUUGUGAUCUCCGAUGUUGGACCAAAAAGUGGGACAAUAGCUUUUGCUGCUGGUCAGAAAUCUGCAGAAAUGAAACUUACAAUUGUUCAGGACAGUAGUCCAGAAACUGCUGAGAAAUUUUUAGUGCAACUGAAGCCUGACAGUGUUGUGGGAAACGCUAAGGUUCAAGGAAUUAUUGAAGCAGAGCUAAUUAUUGAAGAUAGUGAUAAUGUGUAUGGAACUGUAGAAUUUGGACCUGAUGAUACAAAUAUUCAUAAGAUAAUAACCGAUUCUGACCGUAGAACUUUACGUCUGCAGUUAACAAGAAGUGGUGGGCGUGUAGAUAAUCUUGUAGCUAAUGUUUCAGUUACAUUUAGCGAUGCUGAAGGUCUUAUAAUGGCAGAUGAUAUGUUAGUGAAUACUAGUGUUGAAGUUCUAAUGGCUGCUGGUGUUGAUCCAAUAAAUGUAGAUUUACCUCUACUUCCUACAGCAUUUUUACAGAGAGGAGGAAAAUUCCAGGCCACCAUUUCAGACAUUAGUUUGGAAACAAAACCAGUGUAUGGUGCUUAUAACAGUCCUACUUUAGGUAGUCGUAAACAAGUCAUGUUAACUAUUACCAAUCAGGAUGCCAAUGGUAAAAUAGGAUUUUUCAAUGUUUCUAAUAUAGAAGUUUUAGAACCUACUGGAGAAAAUAUGGAGAUAUCUCUACCGAUAAGUCGUGAAGGAAUGAGUGGAGAUGCUUUAAUAAGAUGGACAGUUAAAGGUGUAGGUGACUCUGCAGCAUUUGUCACAGCAGAAGAUGUAAAAGAGCUAUCAGGAACAAUAACCAUUCGUUCAGGAUCGUAUUUUGCUGAACUAACUAUUACUAUUAAGCCUGAUGAUGUACCAGAAAAUGAUGAAAUUAUGGCAGUAACAUUAGAAUCUGUAGAACCAAUAGGAACACAGCGUCUGCAUGCAGCUACCAAAUCUAUAAAUAUUACUGUACUGGAAAACGACAAUCCUGGUGGUGUAUUUCAGUUCUCUCCAGAAAUGGCCAACAAUUAUGUAGUUGGGGAAGAUGAAAAGGCUGUGGAAGUAAUAGUAGAAAGAACAGGAGGAAGUCUUAUGUUAAAAGAAGUACAGUAUGUUAUUGAACCAGAUCAAGCCAAAGAAUUCUAUGGAGGUAUAAAUGUUCUACGAUUCCACCCUGGAGAAACUCGAAGAACAGCCACUAUAUUGGCUAAAAGUGAUGGCAUACCAGAGUUGAAUGAAACCUACACUAUGCGACUAUUAAGUUAUGGUAGUAGUGUGGCCACCAUUGGCUCUAAAAACACCAUUCUACUGACAAUAAAAGAAAAUGAUAUGCCUUAUGGUGUUCUACAAUUUAAAAAUGAUCCAAUGACAGUUUACAUAAAGGAGAGUCGAGGAGCGGAUAUUCAGAAUGCAUCUUUGACUGUACAGAGAGCUAGAGGAAGUUUUGGUACUGUCAGUAUUUCUUGGUCGUUAUCACCAGCAAUAGGCGAUGACCUAAAACCAACAUUUGGUACCAUCACAUUUCUACCUGGUGUAACAGAAGUUGACAUAGAACUCCAGUCUAUUGAUGAUGAUAUUUCGGAAAGUGAUGAGAUUAUCCGAGUUGAAUUAUCAGCAGCAACAGGUGGUGCUGUUUUGGGGAAUCCAACUAGAGGAACUGUAGUUAUCAGACAAAAUGAUAAUCCUGUAGAAUUUACAGAUGAUGAAGUUCCAGAAGGCAAUGAAACUUUUACAUUGCAGUUAUAUGAUUUAGGAGGUGAUUUGUUACAAACAACUAAAUCAACAGCAACCAUUGUUAUAAUGGACAAUGAUGAAGCUUAUGGUGUAUUUAGAUUUGAUUCACCAUUAGAGAGAAAUACAGAAGAGGGUAGCAUUGUUUAUAUGGACAUUCUGAGAGAAAAGGGCACUGCUGGAACUAUUGAAGUUUUCUGGAGAAUCAGAUCAGUUCUAUCUGGUCAAAUUCUAGGAGAGAAGGAGCAGUUUGACAAAUCAAGCGGUUCCAUUAUAUUUCAAGCACAGGAGGGUAAACAGCCAUUAUCUAUAACUCCCACUGUUGAUAAUGUUCCAGAGACAAAUUUAGCAUACAAAGUGGAAUUAUACAAAACACAAGUUGUUUUUGGAAGAAACGUAGAAGGAUUAGCAAAAUUAGCAGAUGCAAAUACUUCCGUAAUCUUGAAUGUGGUUGCUAGUGAUGAUCCUAAUGGACGAUUUGCUUUCCCUGCUGCAUCACGAGAAUUACAGAUAGCAGAAGAUUAUUUACCUGGUCAGGAAUCGACAACAAGAACUACGUUUACUGUGGAGAGAAGACAAGGCAUGUUGGGAAAAAUUGAGGUUGUAUGGGAGAUUUACUCGGAUUCCGUCGGAGGUAAUUUCCCAGAUGUCAUAGAUCUGAUGUUCCUUGGUAGCAAGCCUGCAACCAUGUCACCAGUACCAUCCAAGCAACGAAACCAGACAGGAACCCUUGUUCUCAUGUUUUCACAAGCCUUAGAAAAUUUUGUGACUGUAGAUGAUCGUCACAAGCCAAAUAUAUCUUCAUUUGAAAAUGGUUUUACUCUUAGUGCGUGGGUGCAACCAUUUCCAAAUACUAAUGGCUAUAUUAUAGCCAAGACAUCGACAGAUGGAUCACAGCAUUAUUACAGUUUAAAAUUAGCCUCUACAGCUACUUCAACCAACUUUGAUUUAACAAUUUCCACAUCUACUAGUCCAAAUCAAAUUUUAAAUGCCCAGCAGGAUAUCAACAUACAAGAUGGUCAAUGGCAUCAUAUAUUGGUGUCUGUUUCAAAUAUUUCUGUUGUUUUUUACUUGGAUGGAAAAGUUAUAGGAAAUGGUAAUGUUGUUGGUGAAAAUCUUGUCGACAAACCUGGGCCACUAUUAGUUGGUGCAAGAUCUCCAGGUGAAGAGCGGUUUGUGGGAUACAUGCAAGAUGUGCGUCUGUUUAAACGAAGACUGGAAGUCAAUGAAGUGAAAGAAAUCUUUGAGUUUCCCGCGCGGAAAGAAAUCACACCUGUAUCUGGUAUUCUCACAUUUGAAGAAAAUGUAAAGCAAAACACAUUCCAGAUACAAUCAUUGCAAGAUAUAGAAGCAGAAGGCAAUAAAGUUUUUACUGUUGAUCUGAUAGCAGCUAAUGGAGGAGCCUCUCUUUCUAAUUCAGAUUCUGCUGCUACAUUAACAGUUUUAAAGAGUGAUAAUGCUAAUGGAUUAUUUGAGUAUCAAGAUCUGUGUUUACCUACUUCAACUAAAGAUGAGAAUGUAUCAAUUGUAUGUUCUGUAAGAAGAACAAGAGGUGAUGAUGGUACAGUUGUAUUAACAUGGCUAGUUAAACAGGUUUUAUCAACAGGAAUUGUUGUAGAUGCUGUAGAUGAUUUUGUCAACUACACAGGGAAUAUUACAUUUCCGCCGGGUAUAACAUUUCAGACAAUACAAUUUAAUGUUAAAGAAGAAAAUAUACCUGAGUUAGAAGAAAGGUUUAAUGUGCUGUUGUAUAAAGUAGUAACUGAUGAUGGUGUAGUUGGUACAACUAAUACUAGUGGUGCCAGUAUCAACCCUACAGGUAACACAUCACCAAUAGUAAUAGAAGAAACAGAUUAUCCUUAUGGAUUAUUACAGUUUUCUACAAGUUUAACACCUCCAGUCAGCAUGACCACCAUGAUUCUACCUUCCACAGUUCAACCUGUGGUUAAGGUAAAAGAAGAAAGUGGAAUGGUAAGUCUUAUUGUUGAAAGAGCACAAGGUACUUUAGGUAGAGUUACUGCUGAAUGGAGAACAGAAGAUGGAACAGCUAAAAGUGAGGGGAAAACUCCUACUGACUACAUGGGUGAUGCAGAUGUGGUGGUUUUUGAAGAUGGUGAAACAUGGGGUUAUGUAAACAUAACCAUAAAUGACAACAAUAUACCAGAAGAUGAGAAAAUGUUUAACGUUCAUCUUGUUAAUCCACAAGGUGGGGCAGCUGUAGGAUUAGGUGCCAUGCUAACAGUAGUGAUAGAUUCAUCAGAUGGAGCUUUUGGUAUUUAUAGAUUUGCUGAUAAUUCACUGGUAAAAAAAGUUCAAGAAGAAGGUGAUCUUGGAUUUAAUUCUGUUUAUUUAGAGGUAAUUCGGGAAGGAGGAACAAUUGGUAAUGCCAGCAUUACCUGGGUUGCAGUAGGUGAUGAUAAUAAUGAUUUAAUGGAAAAAUCGGGAACUGUUGACUUUAAAUCAGGCCAGUCAUCAGCUAUGUUAGAAGUGAAGAUUAGUGGGGAUACAGAACCAGAGCUACAAGAAGUCUUUCAAAUUAAACUUACAGGAACAUCAGAGGGUGAAUUAGGAAAUGAGGUCAAGUUAACAUCUGUGCUGACAAUUGAAGGAAAUGAUGAUCCCUAUGGACAAUUUGUUAUAACUAGUACAUAUCGUCCAAUCACAGUAGAGGAGAGAAACAAUGAUGUAACUAUCAGUGUAAGAAGGUUAAAGGGUAAAUUUGGUGCGGUCACUGUCAAUUAUGCAACUGUAGCUCCAACAAAAACCUAUUCUUUUCUACCUGGACCUUUACAACGUGCUGAUGUAACUGAUUUUAGACCUACUGAUGGUUCACUACAAUUCUUGCCCAAUCAAGAAUAUGGCACGUUUCAGGUAACUAUAUUUGAUGACAGUGUGCCAGAAGAGGAUGAAUCAUUGUUCGUACGUCUGACAUCAGUAGCUGUCAGCCAAGUUGCACAAGUAGAUACAAUUAAUAAUUCACCAACCCUUGGUUCAAACGUCUCAACCUAUGCCCAGAUAAUCAUUUCUAGCAAUGACAAUGCAAAUGGAGUAAUACAGUUGUCUCCCCUCAAUGUGUCUGUAACUGAAGGCUCCCAACCAAAAAUCAACGUAACAAGAAGUGGUGGCCUGUUUGGUGAGGUUACUGUGGAAUUCAGAGCUACUGAAGGUACUGCUAAAUCUAAGGUCGAUUAUGAAGUGCUUCGAAAUGAAGUCAUACUCAGCUCUGGUGAAACCAGCAAGAGACUUCCAAUAGAAAUAAUAGAUGAUAGAAUACCAGAAUUAAAAGAAUCGUUUACUGUGGAACUAGUGAGGAUUAAAUCAGGAGGUGCUGUUUUAGGCACCAACAGAGCAGCCAUUGUCAAUAUAGAACCAUCUGAUGAUCCACAUGGAGCAUUUGGAUUUGCUGCCAGUAGUAUGAGUGUUGAAGAACCUGAGAAUGGUCUCCCUUAUCAAGUAAACAUUACUGUAGAAAGAUUAGGAGGAUCUAUAGGAAUUGUUACUUUAGAAUGGCAAGCCAAGCUCAGUGGUGGACUUGCUAGUGAUGACAUCACACCAUCAUCAGGAUCUUUAAGGUUUAUAAGUAACGAAGGAAGUAGACGUAUUUCUGUUAGCAUUUUGCCAGAUGAUAUUCCGGAAGGACAAGAGGAUGUUGAGUUCAGUUUAAGAAUACAAUCAACAGAUGGAAGAAUAGGCGAUAAAAAUAACUUCACACUUUCUAUAGCCCCGAAUGAUAAUCCUCAUGGAUUUGUACAACUUUAUAAUAUUGAAUAUAAUGUUCAAGAGAAAAUUGGAGAAACUAUUCGUCUGCAAAGAAGUGGUGGAAGUUAUGGUAGUCUUAAAGUUUUUUAUACUGUUUCUCAAAUUGAUUUGGUUACUGAGAUAACAAAACAAGGUGAAUCAGUAAUGAGUUACUAUGGAAAUGGUACCACUGGAAUGAGAAGUGACACAGGAAACAUUGUCAAUUUUCCGACUUCACAAAAUCCAAUGCAGGCUUGUGCCUCUUUAUGUCUUGGUUUAGAGGCUUGUGUGAGCUUCCAGCUUUCAAGUGGAGAUAACUCUUCAAUGUGUCAGUGGUUUACAACGCCAACAAAUAUAAUACUAGCUGAGCCAACAUACAUGAUCUAUGAUAAGAAUAGUGAAAAAUUCCAAACUUUACAAGACAUGCAGGCUAAGACUGGAGAAGAUUUUCAACCUGUAACAGAAGAAUUUAUCAUUAUUCAAGAUGGUGAAACAUCUGGUGUAAUUGUUCUCAAACUCAUUGAUGAUACACAACCAGAAUUAGAUGAAAAGUUUAUUAUAAAAUUGACAAGAAUAGAGGUGGCGGACAAUAAAUUUACCACUAAAGAAGCUCCUGUUUUUGGCAUGAUUACCUCUGCUACAAUAACUAUAUUAGCAAAUGACAAUGCUAAUGGUGUAUUUAAUAUAUAUGGUAGUUCAUCUUCUGUGGGACGUGAAAUAAGAGUUGAAGAAACCGAUAAAUUAGCUGUAGAUUUGAUAGUAGAGAGACAAGGUGGUAGUAUUGGAGAUGUUAGUGUGCAGUGGACUGUAGAAGCCAAUAAUUCUACUUAUGGUAAAGAUUUUAUUGCUGAUGGAGCCAUUCUUACUUUUAAAUCUGGUCAAACCAGAAGAGUUAUAACUGUUACCAUCUUGGAUGAUCCUGAACCAGAAGAUAGAGAAAUAUUUACGAUACAACUGACAAAUCCUAGCGGAGGUGCUACAUUAGGUUUAGAGACUAAUAUCUCUGUUGUUAUACUAGAGAAUGAUUAUGUGGCAGGUCUUAUUGGUUUUGAGACAACAUCUUUACUAGCACAAGAAGGUGAUGAUUUAACUGUUCUUGUAAAACGUACAGAACCAGCACAUGGUACAGUUUCGGUUGAUUGGCAAAUACGAGGUAGAGCUGGAUUACAGCCUGAUACAGGAUUCCAAACAUCAUCUGGUUCUCUUACAUUUCAGCCUGGAGAAGUGUCUAAGAGUAUUAAGCUAUCUGCACGAGUUGAUACAACACCAGAAGUGAAUGAAGAAUAUGAGUUACAUCUUGUUAAUUUAACAACAACAGGUGUUGGUCAAACUGGUGCUGCAUCUGCUGAUCCUAGAUUUAAAACCUUGUUAAUAACUAUACAAGGUAGUAAUGAUCCACAUGGAGUUGUGCAGUUUUCUCUAACUUCACUUAAAGUUAGCAUAGAAGAAGAUGAACAAACAGUAUCUCUUACUGUUAACAGGAAAUUUGGAGCUAUAGGUCAAAUUAGAGUAAACUAUCAAGUAUUAGCUGGUUCAAUCACUCCAACAAGUGAUACAUUAAAGUUAGCCACAGUUACAGAUGAUUUUCAGGGAUUAAGCAGCUUCAUUGAUCUUCAAAGUGGAAGUUCAACUGGCACCAUUUCUGUAAAUAUAGUGAAUGAUACUAUUCCUGAAAUUGAUGAAGUUUUUAUAGUGCGAUUGACAGCUGUCACUCUCAAUGGAUCAGCCAGUAAUUCUAACCCACCUCGGUUAGCUACGAAUGGAACUGUAUCAGAAAUCAUUAUUAAUGCCAAUGAUGGAUCUAAAGGUGUAAUAGUGUUUGCACCAGAUUCUAGGAUAGUUGAAGUUAAUGAAGGAAGUUUCAACAUAUCUUUAUCUGUUGUAAGACAAAGAGGAAAGUUUGGUGAAGUAUCAGUGUUUUAUUUUGCACAGAGUUUUCAAGAGGGGUCUACUUUAGGAGUGGAUUUUAAAGUUUCUCCACAGGAACUUAGAUUUCAAGCCAAUCAAAUCAGUCAUAACAUUUUAGUAGAAAUAUUGAAUGAUGAUCAGCCUGAACCUAACGAACAGUUUGAGGUUAUUUUAUCAAAUCCUCAAAAUCAUGUAGAGAUUGGGGCAGAAAAUAAAGCGACUAUUACAAUUUUGGCAAAUGAUGAACCCAGUGGUUCAAUAACAUUAGCAGCAACAAACGACAUCUUUUUGAGUGAACCAACAGGAAAUAACGCAGUAACCAGUAAGACUUCAUUACGAUUGUUACGUGGUCCAGGAAUAUAUGGUGUUGUCCAUGUACCUUACAAGGUAACUGCUGUUGGAGGUGGAACUGUCACUGAUCUUUCACCAAGCAAUGGUGUCGUCACAUUUCAAGAUAAACAGACAACAGCCACUUUAGAAAUAUCAGUUUUGGAUGAUGACACACCCGAAUCAGAAGAAAGAUUUAUUGUAGAAUUAUUACAACCUGAUAAUGGUGCUACACUUGGAACCAGUAAACAAGUGACAUUAAUUAUACAAGCUAAUGAUUCACCUCAAGGUCUAUUUGAAAUCUUUGUAUCAAGUACAAGGUCUUCAUCUAUAUCUGUUGAGGAAAAUACCCAAGGCUUUAUUAGUUUUGAUGUUAGAAGAACUCGGGGUAUGAAAGGUCGAGUUUCAGUGGAUGUGACAACAGAGCAGCAGACAGCACUGAUAACAUCUAGUCCAAGGGAUGUUACUCUAGGCCACUUUCAGUCUAUAAUGGGAGUUAAUGUUACAAACUGGUACAGUUAUCAAAUAUCUGGUACAACUUAUAUACUAAUGAUGACAUCAUUGAAUACAAAUCAAGAUUUACGAUCGCUUAUUCCUGAGCCAAACACAUUCGAACCUGGACAGUCUAUCUUAUGGCGUUGGCAAGGACAAUUUAAAUAUUUUCAGAGUCUUGAAACUAAUGAUGCUAAAGCUGCUACGUCAUUUGUAAAUAAUGGAGUAACAUAUGUAGCUAUUGCUAAUAGUGGUAAAGAGAAAGCACGUGAAAUUAUGUCAGAUUUAUACAAAGUAUCUGAUGAUGGUAAACUACAAAGGAUACAAAGAUUCUCUACUAAAGGUGCUUCAGAUGUAGAAUAUUUCACUUACAGCAACCAGAAAUAUCUGGUCUUUAGCAAUUCAUUAGAUAAUGGUAGCCAGUCUGCACUGACUACAGAUAUUUACAUUUGGGAUAACACUAAUCUUAAAUUUAAUUCCAUCGCUGUUCAGUCUAUAGCAACCAUUUCUGUUAUAAUGAAAAUGUCAUCAUCAAUGGUAUUUGCCGAACAUCAGCGUAUAUCGACGCAUGGUGCUGUGGAUGCUACAUUUAUAACUAUUAGUGAAACAGAUCUCUUAGUUAUUGCCAAUAAUCGCCAACAAACAAUCAGCAGCCCACAGAAAUCUGUAGUAUAUAAAUGGGAUAGAUCAACAACACGAUUUCUCAUACACCAAGAAAUAGAGACCAGGCGUGUACAAAAAGUUUCUUCAUUUACAGCCACAGAUGGAACAGUAUUUCUUGCAUUUGCCAAUGGUAUUGGAAAUUCAGAGAUUUUGUUAUGGAAUGCAACCCAGUCAAAAUUUACAAGUGUUUGGACUGGUGAAACUUCAAAAGAUUUAUAUCCAGUCAUGAUAAAUCAGAACUCCUCCCCAUUAAUCUUAUUGGCUAGUGCACCUGUCAACGAACAAAAAACAACAAAAGUAUACCAAGUGGCUAGAAUCAGUAAACAAAGUGACUUCAUGCCAAGAACCGUUACUUUGAUAUUUGAAGAAAAUGAAACACUAUUAACAACAACUGCUGUUGUACUGCAAGAUGAUAUUCCAGAAGAUACAGAAACAUUUUCUGUUAAAUUGACUAAUCCAGUUGGAGGGGCAGAAAUCGGAGCAAAUUCUUCAGUAGAUAUUAGUAUUUUAUCAAAUGAUAACGCGCAUGGAAUUAUUGAAUUUUCAAAUGAAUCGUUGUUUGUUAGGGUUACUGAAAACAGUCAAGCUCAGCUAAGUGUUGUUCGACGUCAAGGAUAUUUUGGUCGUGUUGUUGUUAGAUGGUCUACAACAGGAGAUCAUGCUCCCAGUGAUAUAGCUCCUGUAUCUGGUAGAGUUGAGUUUGCUAAUGGUCAGUCUGCUGCCACUAUAAGUAUUAAUAUAAAUGAUGAUAGUUUACCAGAGUUUGAUGAAACAACGUAUGUUAAACUAGAAGAGGUAAUCGAAACAGGAACAAAUCUGCCAUCAAGGGGUGCUGAGAUUGGUUUAGCGAAUAAGGCUACAUUAAUUGUAAUGGCUAAUGACUCACCUCAUGGUGUAUUAUCUUGGGAAAAUUAUGCAACAGAUUUUAGGAUCACAGAACCUAAUGGCACUGAUCGUACCGAGAUAUUAACUAUUAUCAGAGAACAAGGCACCACUUCUGAAAUAAGGGUUACCUAUGUAACAUCAGCUGCAUUUUCUUUACCAGAACGUAAUCGGGCAACAUCUGGUGCAGACUUUGUUUCAAGCCAGGGUCAGGUAGUUAUGAUGGAAGGUCAAAUUAAGGCAUCUGUGGAAAUCACAAUAAAACAGGAUGAUUUACCAGAAGAUGAUGAAACAUUCCUGAUAAAUAUUACCAAUGCUGAAUUAACAGGCAGUAAUAUUAAUGGUGAUUCUAGACCUAGUGUGAAGAUUCCUGGAAAUGUAAUGAGAAUUGUUAUCCCUGAAAAUGAUAAUGCUGGAGGAUUGAUUGCAUUCAAUGUUACAAGGAAUCCUGAAGGAAGGAUUGAUGUAUAUGAAGAAUAUAGGAAAAACAACACCGUUAUCUUAAAUGUGAUGAGAACAAAGGGCUCUUUUGGUGCUAUAACUGUAAUAUGGCAAGCUGAACAAAUUAAGGCAACAUUUGGAAAAGACUUUUACCCAUUAAGUGGUACAAUAAGUUUUGCCGAUGGACAAACAAGUGCAGAUAUUGAAAUACUUAUCUUGGAUGAUACCUUACAAGAAACAAUGGAGGAUUUUAAUGUGAAAUUGAUUAGUGCACGUGGUGCUGAAUUAGAACCAAUGCAAACAGUGAGGAUAGCCAUAUUGAAGAAUGACUCACCACAAGGACUGUUCAUGUUUGAAACCACACAGGUGGAAAUUAAGGAAUCAAUCAGUAAUACAGAUCCAAAAGGUCAAGCUAACUUGACAGUGAAGAGAAUUCAAGGAUUUGAAGGUUUGGUUCAAGUGCAAUGGAGAUUAAAUGUGGAAGCCGCUGGUGACUUUCUGGAACCACAUGGUGGAAGAAUUCCUUUCUCAGAUGGAGAGGAUAAGAAAGUCAUAAUUCUGCAGUCUCGACCUGAUACCAUAUUAGAAGGACGUGAAGAGUUCAUAGUAUCUUUAACAUCAGCAGAUAAUAAUGGUGAUAUAUCUUCAACUCAAGGUGAUGCAACUGUUGUGAUAUUACCUGAUGUGGGUGCCAGUGGUACCAUAUCAAUACUAUCUGAUUAUAGAACUGUGUAUAUAGGUGAAGCGGGAGAGUCUAGUCCAGGGUAUGAUGGCCGAACAGAGAUCAAGAUAACAAGAGGAGAUGGUAUCUACGGAGAAGUUCAAAUAACAUGGUCUAUAACACCACGAGAUGGCCAGGCUUUCUUACAGCAAGAAGGCAGUGUUAGAUUUGUUUAUUUACAACAACAGGCAUCCAUAAUUUUGCAGUCAAAAGAUGACAGCCUGCCAGAAACAAGAAGAACUUAUACGCUACAAAUUACAUCUGCUUCUGAUGGUGCCACCAUAUCAACUGAUGCAUCUGCUUCCACAUCUAAUAUUAUUUAUGUAGCAAGUGAUUAUCCACAUGGUGUAUUUGAAUUUGCUCUACCAGAGAUAACCAAUGUUGAAGAGGAUUCAUCCACAGUAACCAUACCAGUUUUGAGAAACAAUGGAUUAAAUGGACAAGUACAAGUGUCAUACACCACUGUACCAGGUACAGCCCUUGAAGGAACUGAUUUCUUCCCUACUUCUGGUACUCUCUUGUUUGAAAAUGGUGUAAACAGACAAUCAAUCAAUGUUAAUAUUAUACCUGAUACAGACCCUGAAGGACCCGAGAUGUUUUACGUUAAUAUUACGUCCGUUGUACUUUUACAACCAAGUUCAAAUGAUUAUAGUAUAAGAGAUGGUUUACAACUAGAUAUGAAACCAGUUGCUGGACAAAGGAAUAUUAAAUCUAUAGUAAUUGAGAAAAAUGAUAAUGCAGAAGGAACCCUGCAGUUUGACACCUCUGCUUCUUCUUUUAUAGUUAAAGAAGAGUCUGGUAUGGCACGUAUACCUGUUGUUAGAACGGGUGGAAAUUAUGGUAGAGUUAAAGUUAUGUAUAGAACACAGAAUCUGACUGCUCAAAUAGGAUUAGACUACAUUGCAUCAUCGGGCGAGGUUUACUUUGGAGACGGCAUCAGAAACAACACCAUUAACAUUACCAUUAGAGAUGAUACAGAAAUGGAAUUUGAAGAACAGUUUAAAGUUAUUCUAACUGGCACAGAUGGUGGUGCUUUACUUGGUAGUAAUAUAGAAUCAACAGUAACUAUAGCUAAAUCUGAUUAUCCUAAUGGUAAAUUUGGUUUUGUUGGACAAGUUGAUAUUAAAUUGGCUAAUCCAGUGCAAUCAGAACAACAGGUAUUGGGUAUAAGAAGAACUGGUGGGUUAUUGGGCCAACAAAAUGUAUAUUGGCAAAUUCUUGGUCCUAAUAACCCAAACAUGGUUUUACAAGAUACCAACGAUAUCAGUUUUGACAUAAAUAGUGUAGAAUCAACACAAGGACAAUUAAUAUGGAAAGAUGGAGAAUCCGGUGAAAAAGAGUUUAAAUUGAAUAUUAAAGCAUAUAGUACAUGGGAAAUAGAGAAAAGAUUUAUUAUACAGAUUUAUAGAAUUGUUGGUUCAGGUGAAAUAAGUCCUGAUACUGGUAAUGUUACACUAACGAUUGAAAAGUAUGGUGAUCCUAAUGGUAUAAUAAGGUUUGAUACACAAGCUCAAAUAGAAAGCGAAGUACAAGAACCUACAAAUGGAAAUACAUUGAAACUCAGUUUUCCUGUUACAAGAAGAAUUGGUACAGGAAUGAUAGGUGCUAUAAAGAUAAAUUGGAUUGUAGAAGGUUCUGCGGAUGUAGGAGCAGAUGUACAACCUUCCAAUGGAUCAGUUUACCUGGCAUCAGAACAGAGAUCAGGAAGUAUAGUUCUUGAUAUAUUACCAGACGACAUACCAGAAUUAACAGAAUCAUUCACUCUAAAGUUAACAAGUGUUGAGGGUGGUGCAGAACUUGAUACUGUUUUUUAUUCUUCACAUUUUAAAAUAAGAUAUAAUGAUAAUCCCCAUGGAAUAUUUGGUGUUUUGUCCGAGAAUCAAGCUGUCUUAGUUGAUGCAGCCGACAAAUCGAGGCAAAUUUCAUUGAAUUUUACUCGUCAUGCUGGUACAUUUGGAAGCGUGAGCCUGACGUUUACAUUACAUUAUGAUAAACAGCAAUCAGGAGCCACAUUACAAGAAAAUACUGGAACCGUUACCUUCAAUAAUGGAGAUGCCUCUGCCAGAAAGCUUGUCAGAAUUCUGGGAGAUGGCUUCUUGGAUCUGGGUUCAACUUUUACAUUGUCUUUGCAAGAAGUUCGCUAUAUUGGAUCAGGAGAAACUGAUCCCCCAACUUUAAAGGCUGGACAAACAGAAGCUAAAAUAGCUGUUCCUAAGUUAGCUGCUAACUCAAAGAUAGGAUUUCUUAAUACUAUUGUUUCUGUUGAUGAAGUUUCAAACCUAGUAGUACUAAAUUUAACAAGGGAGGGAACUUACGGAAACUUGGAUAUAGAUUGGGUUGCUGGUUAUACUGAGAACAAUCUAGAAUCUGGUGUUAGUAAUGGUGAAAUAACCCCUUCUCGAGGCACUAUAUCUUUACCUCACGGUACAGAACAUAAAUCAUUUACUGUGCAGGUAAAUGCCAAAACUGGCCUGAAAGAGAUAUUUGUGGUCAGAUUACCCAAUCCUCCUAAAGUGUCUGUCAAUGGAGGUGGACAACUUAUGGCUGGUAAGACAGAAGCUAAAAUUGAGCCAUCAGGGGUUAUCCAGUUUUCUGCAAAUUCUACAAGGCCAGCAAUAACAGAACUUGAAGGAAAGUUAACUCUAAUGAUUGAGAGAUUGUAUGGAUCCGAGGGAAAGUUACAAAUAAAUUAUGAAACUGUAGAACAUACAGCUACUAAAGAUAAUGAUUUUAAACAUACAGAUGUUGGCAUGGUUAUAAUGGAUUCUGGUCAAAUAUCAGCUGUAUUUGAUAUUGAUAUAACACAAGAUUAUCAGCCAGAACGAGAAGAAAUGUUUUAUGUAAAUAUAACACAAGUUAUACAUUUCCCUACAACAGUUGAUAAACGUAUCUCUCCAAGAUUAAGUAGCCUGUUUUCUGUUUCUAUGGUGACUAUAAAACAAAGCAAUGAUCCAUAUGGAAAAUUAUCCAUACAACCUUCUUCAAUAUCUCAUUCAGAAAUUUACACAAAUCUGACAUUGAGUGUUGUACGUUCAGGUGGAUUAUAUGGUACUAUCAGUGUUACAGUACGGACAGUUGGUGGUGAAGAACCAUGGACAGACGAAAUAACACCUACGCCAGCAUCACAAAAUAACACAAUAUCUAAUGUAUUGGCUAAUAGAUAUUCUGGAACCAGGGCAACCAAUGGUCAAGAUUACCAAGUUUUAAAUCAAGAAUUGACAUUCACGGAAAAUGAAAAAGAAAAGGAAAUUAAUUUGACAAUAUUAGAUGAUAAAACAUCAGAACCUGGAGAAACAGUUCUCGUUUAUCUAACAAAACCAAAAGGUGGAGCUACCAUAGCUACAGGGUCUCAAGAUGGUGGUCGCAAGGGCUAUUCUAUUGUAACUAUAGAAGCAAGUGAUUUAUCUAAUGGUAUUAUUGGAUUUGCCGAGAAUUCUAAAGUAAUUUCUGCUGAUGAAGAUAACAGUCCAAAUAUUACAUUAGAAUUAAGCCGUUCAAGGGCUAUAUUUGGUGAAGUACAGGUAUCAUGGCAGGCCAAGAAGACCAGGGAUAGUAGUGAAACAGAAGAUUCUGAAUAUUUAUUAUCACAGUUAUAUAAGAGAGCUGGUACCGUUGUUUGUCCUCCUAGACUAGAUUCUUGUACAUUUAUUGUUCCAUUGAUUAAUGACUUGGAACCAGAAGAAGCCUUUACAUUUCUAGUAGUUUUAACAGAAGUUGGACAAGAUGCUAAACUGGAUAACCAAAGUUCAAUAUCAACUAUUAAUGUUGGUUCUAGUGAUAAUGUUCGUGGUUUGAUACGGUUUGCUAUGAGUUCAAGUGUAGUUAUUGUAUCAGAGACGGAUAAAUCAGUUGAAUUAUAUGUUGAAAGAACUAAAGGUCAAGAUUAUUUGGUAUCGGUUGAUUAUGAGACAAAACAGUUUCAAAAUUCUCAAGUAGUAGAAGCUGGUAUUCAGAUUUUUCCAGCUCUUGAUGGAAAAGAUUUUACCCCAGAAUCUGGAACACUUAUCUUUCAACCUGGAUCUGGACAGAAUAAUAAGAUUAAAAUAGAAUUGACACCAUUAUCUGCAUCAACUAAUCUACUACCUAAACAAUUCCUUGUUAACCUGAAAGCACCAAGCAAUGGCGCAAGUUUACAUCAGAAUUAUUCUACAGUUACCAUAAGAAUUGUGAGUGAAGAAGAAUUAUUAAUAUGGAGAGCAGUAACUAGUGAACAAUCAACAGAACUAACUGAUGAAAAUAUAAACAAUUUAUUAGAUAGUCUUGAUAUUGUAGCAAACGAUGAUAUUUCUACAAAUGAAAUGAAGUUAAUUGAAAACUCGCUUGAUAAUAUUAUAAAAGAAGGUGCAAAAAGAAAAUUAUCACAAAAUGUUCAAAAAAAUAUGAAGGAUUUGUUCUGUUUAUUACUGGAUCCGAGCAAGAAUGAUGCCCGCUCUGGGCGUCACUCAUUGAUUAAACGUCUAGAAGAGUUUGCUUAUACCUUAGUUACAGAUACAGAAUGCUCAACAACACUGACUUCCAACUUGAUUAGUUAUGAAUGUAGUUUAGUGAAGAUUUCAGCUGGUAGAUGGACAGAAGAUCAGUUAAAGAAUUAUAAAUAUCAAGCUCAAAGAGAAGAUGAAUUUAGAAUACCAGAUACACUAUCAGGAAUAGAUGACACAUCACAGUGUACAGAUUUUCAUUUAAUAGAAUAUAAUAGUGCGCAAUGGUUUAAAACUGAAGCAAAUGUGCAGUUACUAAAUGAAAAGAUUAUAGCCUUUGGAAUAAAAGGUCAACCAUCACAAACUACUAACACUCCUGUUACCUUCCGUAUUCAUACUAAAGACAGACGUAUUGCUGCUAAAACAGCCCAAUGUGUAUAUUUUGAUGAAAGUACUAAUCGUUGGACUGGAGGAGAUAAUGGUAUAUGUAAAGUAACUAAUGAUUUACAACUAGCUGUUGAUAGUUUUGUAGAUUGUUCAUGUAACCAUAUGACUAGUUAUACUGUAAUAGGACGAACUAAUGCUGAUGGUAUAGUAGGUUAUAUAAUAUGGUUUUAUAUAGCUUGUUUUAUAUGUAUGACAUGUUUGGCUAUUGUUAUCUUAUCUCAUCAUCUGUGUUCUGUACAUCCAAUGUUUGCUGCUAGUCUAUUAAUGCACAUGUGUUUUGCUGCCAUGGCAACUCAGAUUUGUAUUGUUGUAGCUGCUUAUUUAAGUCCUACUAAUAUUCUUGUACCAUCAUUACAAGAUAAUAACUAUAGAUGUAUUGUGAUGGGAUUGUUCAUGCAUUACUUCUUUCUAUGUCAGUUCACUUGGAUAAUGACACAGGCUUUUAAUUUCUGGAAGAUAUUGAUUCAAAAUGAUGAACAUACAGAAAGGAACUAUAUUUUAUACUUUAUCUCAGGAUGGGGUGUACCAAUGGUUAUGAUUCCAGUGUUUUAUACUAUAACAUAUGUCUUAUAUAAAUAUGUUUAUUACUUACCUGUUGAUUUUAUAUAUGGUGAUGUCAAUAACAAUGGAGAAAUGUGUUUUAUAAAGAAUGGGUAUGCUGCUGUAGGAGGUGCCAUACUACCUAUAUUAAUUAUGUUGAUAAUAGUUCUAGUGGUAUUUUUACGAGCCUUUCAACUUCGACCACAAUGGCAGUCAUAUGAUGAUAUUUAUCGUGGUAGAUAUAACAUAACAGAGAUACAGAUAAUAUUGGGAUUCUAUAUAGUAAUAGUAUUAACAUGGUUAUGGGGAGGCUUACAUAUGGUUUAUGGUCAACUAUGGAUGUUAAUACUCUUUUGUAUAUUUAACAUAAUACAGGGUUUGAUGGCUUUAGUGUUGUAUGCCAUAUUAAGAAAUCCAUGUAUAUCAUGUUGGAAUCGCCGAAAGUCAUCAGGUUAUGCAACUUCAUCACAUUUUGACACUCUGCCACCUCCAAAGGUUGAUUAUAGUUUCCGUAGAAACCAUUAUUCGACUCCACCUGUUAGAGGUUCCAGAGCUUCACUCUUGAAUCAGAGUUGGGAAAAGGAAUCAAUUGGUCACAAGAGUCAGAUGACUGUGAAGAGAGCUUUACCAACACAGGUUUAUAUAAAUCCACCUGUCGCCAUCAUCAGUCCUCCAUCUCACCAUCAUCAUCAAGAUUCAGAUGAUAAAGACUUUGAAGAUCUGCUUUAUGCUCUGAAGACAGGAGGUAGUAUCACACCCAGUGAGAUCUCUCGCAGUAUUCCCGAUGACAAUUCCUCUGACUUGUCUGUCAAAUUGGACAACUUUGAAACAAAAAGAAUUAAUAUUGCUGACACUCAUUUAUAAAUUGUGUUAAAGAUGAAACAAAUUCCACAUUUCAGUACUAUUUGUGCACAUAGUAUCAUUCUUGUUUUUAUGUGAUUUUUUUUUUUCCGUGAUUUGUUACCAUUUAUUAUUAUUAUAAGCAUAAUAUUAUAUUAGUUUUGUACAUACUAAUUUAUUUGUGUAAAUAAUAGUCUAUUGUUAUUCAUUAUAAAAAUCAUUCAUCUAUAUUUGUUAUUGUUCAUGUUUAUGAAUAAUGUUAUAUGAAAUAUAAAUUGAAAGUUAAGUAUUUUUUAUUACAUUGCUGUAAAUAAAGUAUGUGAAUUAUUAGGUUCAUUGCCUCCCUUAAUUGUGCAAAAAAAUACAACAGGAUAUAGACAUGAAACGUGGUAAACAAUAAAACAGUGUUUUUUUGUGGAAAAAGACGAUCCUUUUUGCUACAAAGUGUUGCCUCCCAGAGGCAUUUUGGUACAUUAAUAAGCAUGCUUCUGAUUUUUUGUAACUAGAAAUAGUAAUGUACUUAAAGGCUCUUGUCGACAAUUUCUUUCAUCGUAACAUAUCAAAACUGGUACAUAAAGGAUGACCAAAACUUAUCAGUUCGUCAAGAAAUUGUUAAUUAGCAAAAGAGAAAAUUUAGAAAUCUGUGGAUAGGACUUGUUUAUGUAAGCAUGCCAGUGAACAGAGAAGAUCAAAAACUGUAUGAUGUAAAGUUCAUGUAUGGGUUGUUACAGUAGAUUUAUUAGGAGUCAAAACUUGUCACACUUACAAAUGGUAAAGCAUAAUUAUGGGGAAUAUGGUUUUGUUUCACCAUGCAUUUUAAAAAAUCCAUUUGAAAUUGAAUAUUACCAGACUUACAUUUAUUAUAUUAUAUCAUCAUAAAUCUUUAAUACAUGUAUAUAUUUUUUGAAUAUCUAGUCAUAACUUUUAUAUGUUUUCUUGUUCUUAUUUAAAAUGCAAUAUUUUUUCUGCAAGGGUUUUUUUUUGCCAGAAGAAGUCCCUUUUGUUUAAAAGUAUUAUGUUUUAUUACAUAGAUAUUAGGUUUUGCUAUGCUUCAAUAUAUUUUGAAAAAUCUUUUUUGUUUUUUUUUUAAAUGAAAAAUAUAAUAAAAAAAAAGUUGAAAUUCAA